UGGCUGACUAUUUGUAUGCUUUGCCUGCCUUGCUUGUAAUCAAUGUAAUAAAAUAUACAUAUCCAGUCUGUGAGAGGUGGAGCUCAGUGACAAGCAGACUGGGGGAGGUGGAGAGAGACGAGGAGGAGGUUGCUGCUGCUGCUGGGAGUGGGACAGUGCAAUACUGUAGCUUUUGCUUCCUGGAAUAAAAAAAGGAGCACCACCUGCUUUCCUUUGUCAGGCACAGGGUUGAUCCCAGGAUCCUGAGUUGGGGGAAUCUUUUCUGAGCUUGGGAUUUUUUUUACCUAAAGGUCAAGGGAAUCUAAAAGAAGUGGAGGGCUGGGCAGACCGGAGUGUGAGAGGAGCAGCCCCCAUCAGAACUGGAGGAGGAGGCUCUGGAUGGUGCAGCCUAUCAACGUGACCGCAGCCUUUGUCUCAGGAUGCCACCCUGCUUUUAAGCAGCGAGAGCCGCUCAUACAUUUUUCAAAGGCUGCUCUUUACUAGUUAUGAACUCCCGUCUGCGUGCUUUGGGUGGGAGGAUUAACAACAUACGAGCGACUGAACUUCCAAAGGAAAAAAAUAGGUCAGAGGUGAUUUGCAACGUGCGCUUCUUGGAUGGCUCUCAACAGUGCUUCAGAGUUAACAAACAAGAUACUGGUCAGGUUUUACUGGACAUGGUGCACAAUCACUUGAAUGUUAAAGAGAGAGAAUAUUUUGGAUUACAGCACAAUGAAGAUUCAUUGGAAUCACAUAGAUGGCUUGAACCGAGCAAACCUAUUAGAAAACAGCUUAAAGGUGGCUUUCCAUGCUAUCUUCUGUUUCGAGUUAGAUUUUUUAUACCUGACCCCAACACAUUACAGCAGGAUCAAACAAGGCAUUUAUAUUUUUCACAACUAAAAAGUGAUAUUCUUGAAGGGAGGUUAUCCUGCCCUCUUAACUCAGCUGUUGUUCUUGCCUCAUAUGCUGUUCAGUCUGAGCUGGGCGACUACAGUUCCUCGGUACAUCUUCCAGGAUACCUGUCAGAUUCUUAUUUUAUUCCAAAUCAAGACAAUGAUUUUAUAACCAAAGUUGAAUCUCUACACGUACAACACAGUGGACUUAGCCAAACAGAAGCAGAGUCAUGCUACAUUAACAUUGCAAGAACACUUGAAUUUUAUGGAGUUGAAAUGCACAGUGGUAGAGACCUACAUAACUUAGAUCUUCUAAUCGGAAUUGCUUCCGGGGGUAUUGCUGUAUAUCGAAAACUAAUCUGCACUAGUUUCUAUCCUUGGGUGAACAUUCUUAAAAUUUCUUUCAAAAGAAAAAGAUUUUUCAUUCAUCAACGACAAAAACAGAGUGGGUGCCGGGAACAAAUUAUUGCAUUCAGUAUGCUAAAUUAUCGAGCCUGCAAAAACCUUUGGAAAUCUUGUGUGGACCAUCAUACAUUUUUUCAGACUAAGAGAUCACUACCUCAUGAAAAGAAACUUGUGUCUAACUACUGGACUUUGGGCACCAUAAAUCAAGCUAAGUCUGCCAGUAGCCAACUAUGCAGAAAAGUAAUUGGUGGUAUGGUAUGGAACACAGAUUUAAGGAGAUCUGUAUCCGCGGAGAAUCUUGAAACCAAAAGUCUUCCUUCCCGUUCUCCUCCUAUUACUCCAAAUUGGAAGAGCCCUAGGUUACGUCAUGAAAUUAGAAAACCACAACAUUCUUCAGCUGAUAAUCUGACCACUGAAAUGACAUACAUAACUGAAACAGAAGAUGUAUUUUAUACAUAUAAAGGUUCUCCAACUUCAAAAGACAGCGAUUCAGAGUUCUUUCACAAUCGCAGUUCGCGGUCAUCAGAUCAAGACUCACCAAAGACAAUAUUAGAUCACAGCCCAAGAGAAAACAGUGUGACAGUUUCCCACCCAGUUUCCUUACACUAUUCUCCAAAUGGGUUGUCAAGUCAGUCUUCGCCCUCUCAUCCUCUUGAGGGUGUAGAUAAGAAGUUUUUAGAAACGUAUGAUAAUAUUAAAAAGUCGACGUCAACAGAUGAUUCGUGUCAGUACUAUUGUGAUAAGAAUGAAGUUUCAAAUGGAGAUUUACUUUUGGUUCGAAUCACACCAGAUGAAGAUGGGAAAUUUGGAUUUAACCUGAAGGGAGGUGUUGAUCAGAAAAUGCCAUUGGUUGUAUCUCGAAUAACACCAGGAUCGCCUGCUGACAGGUGUGCUCCUAAGGUUUUGGAAGGUGAUCAGAUAGUGCUGAUCAAUGGCCGGGACAUCUCAGAGCACACACAUGACCAGGUGGUAAUGUUUAUAAAAGCCAGCCGUGAAUCGCACACACGGGAACUUGCUCUGCUUGUCCGACGGAAAGUUGAGAAGCCUCUUUUACAAAGAUCAGAAGAUGAGACAGAUUUCCAACUUUUCCCUGCUUCUAUACUUCCAACCUGCUCGGAAUACGGUGACACGUUGCAAGGUUCAAUGGAGCAGCUUGCAAAAGGCCUGGAAACAGGGGUUGUCCUCAUUCAGUUUGAGCAACUUUAUCGAAAAAAACCUGGGCUUGCAAUUACCUGCGCUAGGACUGGACAAAAUAUGGAUAAAAACAGAUACAAAGAUGUUUUACCUUAUGAUGCUACGCGGGUGCCACUACUGCAAGGGAGUGAAGAAGACUAUAUCAAUGCAAGCUAUGUAAAUAUGGAAAUCCCUUCCUCUGACAUUGUAAACAGGUAUAUUGCCACUCAAGGACCUCUUCCUCACACGUGCGCGCAUUUCUGGCAGAUGGUAUGGGACCGCAGUUUAUCAAUGAUCAUCAUGUUAACAACUCUUACAGAACGAGGAAGGACUAAAUGCCAACAGUAUUGGCCUGAUCCUCCAGAUAUGAUGGAAUAUGGAAACUUUCGCGUCCAGUGUCAAACAGAAGACUGCACAAUUGCUUAUAUCUUUAGAGAAAUGACUAUUACAAAUAUUGAGACAGGGGAAGAGCUUCCAGUUUCUCAUCUGCAGUAUGUUGCAUGGCCAGAUCACGGAGUCCCUGAUGAUUCUUCUGACUUCUUAGAGUUUGUAACAUGUGUCAGGCAAAAAAGGGGAGAUAACAAGCCGAUUCUAGUUCACUGCAGCGCUGGAAUAGGUCGUACUGGUGUAUUAAUCACUAUGGAAACUGCCAUGUGUCUAAUUGAACAUAAUCAACCUGUUUAUCCACUGGAUAUUGUAAGACAAAUGCGAGACCAGCGUGCUAUGAUGGUUCAAACAUCAAGUCAGUACAAGUUUGUAUGUGAAGCUAUUCUUCGUGUUCAUAAGGACGGCUUAGUUCGACCACUGCAUUAUAGUUAAUGCCAUUUAUUUCUUGAUCCUGAAUGGGGUUCCACAAAGAGCAGUAAAAUAUUUGAAGUCCAUGAAAGAUGAGCACAUUGGUGGCACUUUAACCUUCUGUAAAAAAAUUUUUUUUAAAGUUUUGUACAUAACAUAAUGUGUAUAUAAUGGGUCAUGUAUUUGUGUCUAAAGAAGUGUAUGAUAUAAUUUUGCACAUAUUGUACACAGAUGAAUCAAAGGUACACAGUCAAUUCCUUUUUUGCCUUAUGUAUGAUUUUUGAGAAAAUGUCAUUUUCAUGAUUCUACAUGUACUACAAAUUUUUGAGAAUAUUCACUAUAUUUUUAGAAUAUAUGUUCUAUUAAGGAAAAAUAACUAAGUUUGAAAGGUAUACUUUAACCAUUUCAUGAUACAGUAUUUUUACACAAUAAUUACUGAGCACAGUGCCAUAUCUUUUAAGAAAUAAGGUAAUUGUAAAAUCAGCAUUUUUAUCUUUUACCUUAGGAAAUUCACUUGUACUAUAAAUAUAUAAAUUGUGACAUUUAGAUUAAAAGUUAUGAAAUAAUUAUGCAAUUUAUUUUACAUCUAUAUUUUGAUGAUUUUGUCAUCCUUCCUGAGUUUGUAUUGGAGUAAUAUAAUGUGGAUGUUAAUUUAAUGCCUUUCUUUUAAUAACUUAUUUUUUUAUCAUCUGUAUUUUGACCCUGUGGUCAUGUUUUCUGAGUCUCUAUGCUGGCAUUAAUUAAAAUUUUCACAAAGACAACGACCUAAAAAUAAGCUAAUACAAUUUUUCAAUACUCAAAAUUUAUACUUAUUUUUAAGUAUACUUAAUUUCUGCUACUCACUUAUUAAUAUUUCCCAUAUAUAUAUUUUAUAAUGUCUGGGUUUUUUUAGCAUUUAAAUGGCAAAACAAAUUAUACCCUUGAAAUAUUUGUCAUCAUUUUUUAUAGAACAAAUUUUAAUAUUUGACUAUUUAAAUGUAAUGUGAAUAUAUAGAUGUCAUAAAAACAUUUUACUGAUCUUGGUUAUCCCUAAAUUUGAAGGGUAUCAUGGUUGUUAAAGUAUUGAGGAUCAAUCUAUAAAAAAAUACUACAAGUAAAAUAGUACUUAAGUAUUUAUUCCGCAAUAAAAAGAAAACUCCAGCAGAAUAUUACUAACUGCCUUCACUGCCUUUGGUUUAGAUACAAUAACAAUUUUUAAAAUUCUUUAGAACAAUUUAUAAAUUUUUAAUAUUUUUUUAGAUUCUUCACAGCAAUUUGGUAAUUGGAUACAAAAAAAUCAUUAGUGCAAUGGAACAGAUAUAUUUAACAUUUCUUCAGCUUCCUCUUUUGUUCAAAUAAAGUCCUUGAUUACAGAUUUCUUCAUAACACUACAUAUAACAAUUAUAGUGCAAAUAAUUUGUUCUUAAUUUUAUUUCAUUUUAGUUCUAGUGACUACUUCUAUACUGACCUGUCCAAAGGGCCAUAUUUGACUAUUUUAUUUAUUUGCAUUAACUAUAUUGACAUAUAUUAAUUUGAUUUCCCUAAAUUACAAAUUUUCUUGUUUUGAAUUCAGUUUUCGAAUACCCAUCUGCACAUUGUAAAAUAAUAAAACAUGUAAGCCAACAUUUCAGCUGGUUUAAAGACAUAAAUUCUGAGCAAACUAAAAGCUAUUUUGUAAUAAUUUCUUGUUAUGGCUGAUGAAAAUUACAUUUAAUAUAUUUUCUAAAAGAUGUGUUUCCUUAUAUAUAUCAAAGAAAAUCCAUUUUGGUAUUGUUUUUCCAUAAUACUGUUUUAACAUCUGUUUUGUAACUGAAAACAGUUUGCUGAAUUGUUAUAUGUAUCUGAUGGUAUCAUUACAUCACAAGACAAAUAUUUAUCGAUGGAGAUUGAUAAGCCUUGUAGAGUACGGGAGUGUUGUUGAGUAUUACAUGGUAUACACCUAGAAUAUAUGUGAAAUAGAGUUUCAUCUGUAUCCAUGGUUUUAUGAUUUUACAUCAUUACAGAUAAUAAACAUAAUAUAUAGAUUUUAA